AUGGACCAGCAGCAGAAGCAGCAGGUAACUAGUUAUCGUCGGGGCGAUAUCAUUGCUUUGCCUGGCGGAGUACCCCAUUGGCACUAUAACAACGGCAAUGAAGAGAUUGUUGCCAUUUCCGUCAUUGGUACCGCAGACAAUAUUGUCAACCAACUUGACAACAACCCUAGGAACUUCUAUCUAGCCGGUAACCCAGUGAAUAAGUUCGCGAACCAAUAUGAACGCUUAUUCGAGCAUGGACAACAACAAUAUUUCCUUCGCACCCUUGGCCAGCAAGGCUCUUGCAAUAACGUUUUCUGUGGAAUGGGUGUGAAUUUAACCUCUGAAGUUUUCAAUAUUGACCCCGAGUUGGCUAGUAAGCUUAUUGCAGAGGAUGAUGAAAGGGGUCACAUUGUGAGGGUGAAUGGUAAGUUUGACAUAGUCACUCCGAUGUCCAAUAGUCAAGGAGAGAAUGAGCAAUACCCGAUAGGAGGAGACGAAAGCUUCUGCACAUUAAAAAUGAAAGCGAACAUAGCUGAUCCCUCAAGCACCGACGUGUAUUACCCAGGAGUUGGCGGUGUAAGCAACGUGAACAGCCACAAUCUACCUAUUCUUGAGUUGCUCCAGCUCAGCGCUAGCCGUGUAGUUCUCCACAAAGAUACUAUGAUGCUGCCCAUCUGGAACACGAACGCCGACAGCAUAAUCUACGUGGAAAAGGGCGACGGACGGGUUCAGAUAGUUGAUCAUGAAGGCAGAAGUGUGUUCGACAGCAAGGUGACGGAGGGGCAGGUACUGACAGUGCCACGAAGCUAUGUAGCAAGUAGCCGGGCGCAGAGUGACAUUCUCGAAUAUGUAGUCUUCAAAACCAACGGCAAUGCCAUUACCUACUCUCUCGCUGGCCGCACGUCGGUUUUCCGGGCAUUGCCGGUGGAUGUGAUCACCAACGCAUUCCAAAUCUCGGAAAAGGAUGCAAGGACGUUUAAGUUUAAUAGGGUUGAACAUUUGCUUAUUAAAAAAAAUGAUUGA